AUGAUAAUAUUGAUGAAAUCAGCCGCUUCAGUUUCAGCAAUUGUUUGCUUGUAUGUCAGUUGCAUUUUCUUGGACCUUCUUGUACUUGAUGUAGCUCAAACUCAAGCUCAAGCUCAAGCUACUACAGCUCCUAAUGAAGUGAGAGCAUUGAAUGCAUUAUAUGAAAAAUGGGGGAUUUCUGCAAAUCGAAAUCAAUGGAAUAUAAGUGGAGAUCCAUGUAGUGGAGCCUCAAUUGACGACUCCAUUGCCAUUGAUACUGAUGGUUACAACCCAUUUAUCAAAUGUGAUUGUUCUUACAAUAAUAAUGCUCUUUGCCACAUUAUCGAGGUGAGAGUUUACAGACUGGAAGUUGAUGGUGUGAUCCCAGAUGAGCUAUGGAGUUUGAAUUUCCUCAUAAGACUGGACUUGAGAUAUAAUCUCUUGUCAGGUCCACUUUCUUCAUCCAUCAGCAAUCUAACUGCAAUAAAACAGUUGAACUUUGCACUUAAUAGAUUUUCUGGGCAGCUUCCAAAAGAGCUUGGCAUGCUCCCCGAGUUAGUGGGAUUAAGUAUUGGAUCAAACAACUUUUCUGGUUCUGUGCCACCUGAGCUUGGUAAUUUAUCAAAUUUAGAGGAACUAUUUAUGGACAGUUCUGGAGUGAGUGGUGAGAUUCCUUCGAGUUUCGCUAAUUUAAAGAACCUGGAGAAAGUGGUGGCUUCUGAUGUGGAACUUACAGGAAGAAUUCCUGACUUUAUAGGAAAUUGGUCAAAUCUUCAUACCUUGAGGUUUCAAGGAAAUUCGUUUGAAGGACCGAUACCAUCAUCUUUUUCCAGUCUAACUAAUCUGACUGAGUUGAGAAUAAGUGAUUUAUCCAAUGGGAGCUCCUCAUCCUUAGCAUUUCUACUGAAUAUGAAAACAUUAACUUACUUAGAAUUAAGGAAUAACAAAAUUUCCGAUUCAAUUCCAUCUAAUAUUGGUGACUACCAGAAUUUGCAGUACUUGGAUUUGAGUUUCAACAAUAUCAGUGGACAGAUUCCCAGCUCGCUUUUCAAUUUGGGUUCGCUGACUUACUUGUUUCUUGGAAACAACAAUUUAAAUGGUACCCUCCCGGAAGAAAAAGGGACAACUCUUCUCAAUAUAGAUGUAUCUUACAAUAAUCUAUCCGGUAGCCUUCCUCGUUGGAUUCAAGAACAAAAUUUACAACUUAACUUAGUGGCAAACAACUUCAACCUAGAAAGUUCUAAUUACAGCAGUGUUCUCCCGUAUGGGUUGCACUGUCUCCAACGCAAUUUUCCUUGCAAUCGAGGUUCUCCAAUCUAUUCGAGCUUUGCAAUUAAUUGUGCCGGUCCAACAAUUACAUCUCACGAUAUUGUGUAUGAGAGUGACAAUGAGCCUCUUGGUCCAGCUACAUACUAUUUGACAGACACAAAUAGAUGGGGAGUUAGUAAUGUUGGAUACUUUAUUGGAAGCAAUAAUAUACAGUAUAACAUUAUUUCUACGUCUACAGUCAAAAAUACUCAAGAGUCGAGACUUUUCCAAAGAGCUCGAAUCUCUGCUUCAUCUUUAAGAUACUAUGGUGUAGGCCUUCAAAAUGGAAAGUACACUGUAACUCUCCAGUUUGUAGAAUUAGCAAAUUUCACUACUACCGGAUGGAAAAGUUUUGGGAGGCGUGUUUUCGAUAUAUAUGUUCAGGGAAAUCUUGUUGAAAAAGACUUUGAUAUAACAAGGGUAGCAGGUGGAGUCCUUAGAAGAGCAGUUCAAAGAAAAUAUCCAGCUCAGGUAUUCAAAAACUACAUGGAAAUCCACUUGUUUUGGGCUGGGAAAGGGACCUGCUGUACUCCUGACCAUGGCACAUAUGGACCCUCUAUUUCGGCCAUCAGUGUUACCCCAGAUUUUAAACCUACUAAAAGCCCUCCAAGUGGACCAAGUCAAACCAUUGAGAAGAAUAAAAAAGGCCUAAUUGUGGGGAUUGUUGUUGUUGCUGGGGUUGUAUUUCUGUUACUUGCAAUUUUCUUCGUUGUGCGAAGGAGAAAAAAGCCACAAACUGUUGAUGAUGAACUUGUCAGCAUGGAUGUUAGACCAUACACUUUUAGUUAUGAGGAACUAAAGACUGCUACAGAUAACUUCAGUAUUGAAAAUAAGCUUGGAGAGGGAGGAUAUGGACCAGUUUAUAAGGGAGCACUCAGAGAUGGAAGAGUAAUUGCUGUGAAGCAAUUAUCUAUAGCAUCCCACCAAGGGAAGAGCCAGUUUGUUGCAGAAAUUGCUACUAUAUCUGCCGUGCAGCACCGUAACCUAGUAAAACUUCAUGGGUGUUGUUGUGAGAGAGCACAACGACUCCUUGUUUAUGAAUAUCUGGAAAACAACAGUCUUGAUAAAGCAUUAUUUGGAAAAGAAAGUUUGGACCUUGACUGGUCAACGCGUUAUGAUAUUUGUUUAGGAGUAGCAAGAGGUCUGGCUUAUCUUCAUGAGGAAUCAAGGAUUCGAGUUAUACAUAGAGACGUGAAAGCCAGUAAUAUUUUGCUUGAUAGUAAUCUUAUCCCCAAAAUAUCAGAUUUUGGUUUGGCCAAAUUUUAUGAUGAUAAGAAGACCCACAAAAGCACUCGUGUUGCAGGCACAAUUGGAUAUGUUGCACCGGAGUAUGCCAUGCGUGGAUAUCUAACGGAGAAGACUGAUGUGUUUGCCUUUGGUGUUGUGACUCUAGAGGUUGUUAGUGGGAGGCCAAACUCAGAUUCAAGUUUGGAAGAAGAGAAGAUGUAUCUUCUUGAUUGGGCUUGGCACCUAUACAAGAACAAUCGUCAACUUGAGCUAGUGGACUCAAAAUUGUCAGAAUUUAGUGAGGAAGAAGUAAAAGUUCUGAUAGGAGUAGCACUUUUGUGUACACAAACAUUGCCCUCCUCAAGGCCAUCAAUGUCCCGCGUGAUUGCUAUGCUUUGUGGAGAUAUGGAAGUGAGUACAAUAAAUUCUAAGCCUGGAUACUUGAUUGAAUGGGCAUUUAAUGAUGUGACCACCUUCGUUAGUGAUGAUAUAAAUGAAGAAUGUGAAGAUACCAGCCAUUACAUCUCCUCAACAAGGUUACGUACAACGGAUAAAACUCUAGAAAUAAGUGCUAGUGAAGCCCUGCUCCAUUGA